GAAUUCUAUAAUAGUCGCACAAGAAGAAUACAACUUGACGACCGUAUUUUUAAUUACAAUAAUCAAACUGAUAUUGACAAGUAUUUCUUUCAGAGGGAUAGCCAUCAGUGGAAUGUUAUCCGCCAUCCGAUGGUGCUGAAUUUUUUAAACGAAAAACUUCUUCUGCGAGCUUAUUUUUACGCUGCGCAUAUUGUGGCGUAUUUUUCAUUCUUGCUUUUAUUAUCGAGUUAUAUUUUUGAUAAAAGCAAUUUUCAAGAUGUUUUAUCGACUUUAUUUCUUCUUAUUUUUGGAUUUUGCUUGGUUUUGAAAGGUGCGAUAAAGUUGCAAGCAGGCCCAAUUAAUAAAUGGUUUAUACUUUCAUAUUCAUUUAAUAUUAUUACAUAUAUUGCCACUUUUUUGUUCAUUUGGACACCUUUGCUAUUUUCUUACGACGAUUACAACCACGAUUUGAAGCACUUUAUCACUUGGCUAUUACCAAUCAUCGCUAUUAUCUCCGCUUGGGUUAAUUUUUUGUACAUUCUCAGAAAGUCACCUUACGGCAUUUAUAUUCUAAUGCUCUCACGAAUUUUGUACUCAUUUUCGCAGAUUGCGAUAAUUUGGGUACCAACGCUCCUUGCAUUUGCAUUUGCAUUUCAUUUAGUGAUGCGUAACAGUGGCCAAGAACCUUGGGAAGCUACUGAAUUUUCGCACAAUGCAACAGUAUCACAAAAACUUUUAAUGAUACUCCAAGCCAUUACCAAAACAUCUGCAAUGAUGAUUGGUGAAGUUGAUGCUGACAAUGUGUUGGAACGGAAGGAAUGGAUACCAAAUUUUCUUCUUCUUGCAUUUGAAAUAACCACUGUUAUUCUUUUAAUGAAUUUAAUGAUAUCGUUAGCAGUUGGAGAUGUGAACGAACUUCGUCAAACAGCUCAGCAAAAACUUCUUGACAUAAAAAUUAAUUUUGCAAUUGAAACUUUGCAACUGUCAGACUAUUUUGAUAUGCUUCAUCAUACACAAACUAAUAAUGUACUUGUUAUCUACAAUGAUGGCAAUACGUCUAGUAUGUGGAUGAACGUAUAUCAUUUGCAAUUUCCGUCAAAUGAUCGACGAAUGCGUCUUUUAAAACGUGGAAUAUCAGGUCGAGCAAUACAAAUUACUUUAGAUGGAGCUUUAGUACAAUUAAUUGAAAGUAUAGAAUCUGGAAUUGCACCCUUCCAAGGUACUGUAAAUGGCCGGUCGUAUUUUAAAGCUGAUAAUACUGCUGAAAGUUAUGGAAGGAAGUUUGCUUCUUGGCUUCUUGGCUUAGAUUGGCAAGAAUUGUUACAGCUUUAA